AUGUCGACCUCCACACCCUCCCCCCGCUCACGACGCGCCCACACAGUCAGCGGCACCAAAACGCCCGGCCCAAAAGUCCUGCAGUCCAACUCCCCCAAAAAGCAAUACCUGAUCCUCUACAAUUUCGCCUCGGCGCUCUCAUGGCUCGUCGUGCUCGGUCGCGUCGUGCUGCUUGUGCCGAUGGUGGGCUUUGGACGUGUGUAUCCGGCCGUGGGGUACUUUGCGAAAUGGACGCAGACGGUUGCACUGUUGGAGGUUGUGCAUGCUGCUACGGGCAUCGUUAGAGCGCCCAUAAGCACAACAGCCAUGCAAGUAGCCAGCCGUAUCCUCCUCGUCUGGGGCAUUGUGAACCCAUUCCCCUCACUCGCAAAAUCGGCCGCGUAUUCCAGCAUGCUACUCGCGUGGAGCGUCACCGAAGUGAUCCGGUACUCCUUCUUUACGUUCAACCUGAGCGGGUAUAGUCCGGGCUUCAUCAGUUGGUUGCGGUAUAAUAUGUUCUUUGUGCUGUAUCCCCUUGGGAUUAGCAGCGAGUGUUGGUUGAUCUACAAGGCGAUUGAGCCGGCGAGGGAGCUUAGGGUGGAGUAUGCUUGGGUGUUGCAGUUUAUUCUGGGUGUAUAUGUUCCAGGGUCGUAUAUCCUGUUUACGCAUAUGAUGGCUCAGAGGAGGAAAGUUAUGAGGGGAAAACAGGCAGAGAAGAAA